CUUCCGCCCCGCCGUGGCCGAAACUGACACAAAGUAGCGGGCCGGGGCCCUGGGGGGCAGCGGGGCUGCAGCUGGGGGGGCGGGAGCCCGCGGGGAGCCGAGCCGAGCGCCCCCAGCCCCAGCCCCCGGCAUGGGCAGGACGGGGCCGCCGGGGCGGGCGCCGAGCGCGGAGCGCUGAGGGUCUCCCAUGGGAUUGCUGGGACCUUGCUGGGUGAGAUGGCAUUGUGUGCAAAAAAGCGCCCCCCAGAUGCUUGAUCCUGGGGCACUUGGACCUUUCUGGCCUGGGGAACGGUGUUCCUGCCUUCCCGCCUCCGUCCUCACUUCUCAUCUCCCCGUCCUUUCUCCCUUCAUGUUUCCAUCCACCCAGGUCCUCCCGGUGUUCCUGCUGCGGGGUGGGGGGGUGGGAUGAAAGUGGUUGCCCUGGACGACACUGGCAGUCCCCUCGCCCGCAUUGGCCGGGCCGGGGGGCGGGGCUCCGCACUGGCUUUCGCCUACGCGGCGCGCUGGCAGACGGCGGCCCCUGCAGUCCGGGAGCGGGCGGGGGCGGGGCCUGGGGCGUGCGCACCGCGCUCGGGACCACUCAGCGCGCGCUGGCAUCCGCGGGGGCGCUGGGGGCGGGGGCAGAGGCGGCGCGGCCGAGCGCGCGGCGGCCCCGGGUGCGGGCGGCGGGGAGGAUGGCCGGGGCUGCAGGCGGGGCGCGCACCCGACGGCCGGGGCUCCCCUCUGAGCGGCCGCAGCUCCUGCGCCUCCCCGGGGGGCCGCCCCGUCGGCGCCGCUGAGGCCAAGGACAGACCGACAGACACUCCGCCCGCCCCUGCUCAAACCGGGAUCAUGACGGUCCCCAAGGAGAUGCCCGAGAAGUGGGCCCGGGCCGGGGCGCCCCCCUCUUGGAGCCGAAAGAAGCCCUCUUGGGGGACAGAAGAAGAAAGGAGGGCGCGGGCCAAUGACCGAGAAUACAAUGAGAAAUUCCAGUAUGCGAGUAACUGCAUCAAGACCUCUAAGUACAAUAUUCUCACCUUCCUGCCUGUUAACCUCUUUGAGCAGUUCCAGGAAGUUGCCAAUACCUACUUCCUGUUCCUUCUCAUUCUGCAGUUGAUCCCACAGAUCUCCUCCCUGUCCUGGUUCACCACCAUUGUGCCUUUGGUUCUUGUCCUCACCAUCACAGCUGUUAAAGAUGCCACUGAUGACUACUUCCGCCACAAGAGCGAUAACCAGGUGAAUAACCGUCAGUCUCAGGUGCUGAUCCAUGGAAUCCUCCAGCAAGAGCAGUGGAUGAAUGUCUGUGUUGGUGAUAUUAUCAAGCUAGAAAAUAAUCAGUUUGUGGCGGCGGAUCUCCUCCUCCUUUCCAGCAGUGAGCCCCAUGGGCUGUGUUACAUAGAGACAGCAGAACUUGAUGGAGAGACCAACAUGAAAGUGCGUCAGGCGAUUCCAGUCACCUCAGAACUGGGAGACAUCAGUAAACUUGCCAAGUUUGAUGGUGAAGUGAUCUGCGAACCUCCCAACAACAAGCUGGACAAAUUUGGUGGAACCCUCUACUGGAAGGGGAACAAGUUCCCUCUGAGCAACCAGAACAUGCUGCUGCGGGGCUGUGUGCUGCGGAACACCGAGUGGUGCUUCGGGCUGGUCAUCUUUGCAGGUCCUGACACUAAGCUGAUGCAGAACAGCGGCAGGACAAAGUUUAAGAGAACAAGCAUUGAUCGCCUAAUGAAUACACUGGUGCUCUGGAUUUUUGGAUUCCUGGUCUGCAUGGGGGUGAUCCUGGCCAUUGGCAAUGCCAUCUGGGAGCAUGAGGUUGGGACACGCUUCCAGGUCUACCUGCCGUGGGAUGAGGCUGUAGACAGUGCCUUUUUCUCUGGCUUCCUUUCCUUCUGGUCCUACAUCAUCAUCCUCAACACCGUUGUGCCCAUAUCGCUCUAUGUCAGUGUGGAGGUCAUCCGCCUGGGCCACAGCUACUUCAUCAACUGGGACAAGAAGAUGUUCUGCAUGAAGAAACGGACGCCCGCGGAGGCCCGCACCACCACGCUGAAUGAGGAGCUGGGCCAGGUGGAGUACAUCUUCUCUGACAAGACGGGCACACUCACCCAGAACAUCAUGGUCUUCAACAAGUGCUCCAUCAAUGGCCGCAGCUACGGUGACGUGUUUGACGUCCUGGGACACAAAGCUGAAUUGGGAGAGAGGCCUGAACCCGUCAACUUCUCCUUCAAUCCUCUGGCUGACAAGAAGUUCUUAUUUUGGGACCCCACCCUUUUGGAGGCUGUCAAGAUAGGGGACCCCCACACGCAGGAGUUCUUCCGCCUCCUUUCCCUGUGUCAUACUGUCAUGUCUGAAGAAAAGAGUGAAGGGGAGCUGUACUACAAAGCCCAGUCCCCAGACGAGGGGGCCUUGGUCACCGCAGCCAGAAACUUCGGUUUUGUAUUCCGCUCACGUACCCCCAAAACUAUCACUGUCCACGAGAUGGGCACAGCCAUCACCUACCAGCUGCUGGCCAUCCUGGACUUCAACAAUAUCCGCAAGCGGAUGUCAGUCAUUGUGCGGAAUCCGGAGGGGAAGAUCCGGCUCUACUGCAAAGGGGCUGACACCCUCCUACUAGACAGACUCCACCACUCCACCCGGGAGCUGCUCCACACCACCACGGACCACCUGAACGAAUAUGCAGGGGAGGGGCUGAGGACCCUGGUACUGGCCUACAAGGACCUGGAUGAAGAGUACUAUGAGGAGUGGGCUGAGAGACGACUCCAAGCCAGCCUGGCCCAGGACAGCCGGGAGGACCGGCUGGCCAGUGUCUAUGAGGAGGUUGAGAGUGACAUGAUGCUGUUGGGGGCAACGGCCAUUGAGGAUAAGCUUCAGCAAGGAGUCCCGGAGACCAUUGCCCUCCUGACGCUCGCCAACAUCAAGAUUUGGGUGCUGACCGGAGACAAACAAGAGACGGCCGUGAACAUUGGCUAUUCCUGCAAGAUGCUGACAGACGACAUGACGGAGGUGUUCAUUGUCACUGGACACACCGUCCUGGAAGUGCGGGAGGAGCUCAGGAAAGCCCGGGAGAAGAUGACGGACUCGUCCCAGGCUGUAGGCAAUGGGCUCGCCUACCAAGAGAAACUUUCUUCUUCCAAGCUCACCUCUGUCCUGGAAGCCGUUGCUGGGGAGUACGCCUUGGUCAUCAAUGGGCACAGCCUGGCCCAUGCGUUAGAGGCAGACAUGGAGCUGGAGUUUCUGGAGACAGCCUGUGCCUGCAAAGCUGUCAUCUGCUGUCGGGUGACCCCUUUGCAGAAGGCACAAGUGGUGGAACUGGUUAAGAAGUACAAAAAGGCUGUGACACUUGCCAUUGGGGAUGGAGCCAAUGAUGUCAGCAUGAUCAAAACCGCUCACAUCGGUGUGGGCAUCAGUGGGCAGGAAGGAAUCCAGGCUGUCCUAGCCUCAGAUUACUCCUUCUCCCAGUUCAAGUUCCUACAGCGCCUCCUGCUGGUGCAUGGACGCUGGUCCUACCUGCGCAUGUGCAAGUUCCUCUGCUAUUUCUUCUACAAGAACUUUGCUUUCACCAUGGUCCACUUCUGGUUUGGCUUCUUCUGUGGAUUCUCAGCCCAGACCGUCUAUGACCAGUAUUUCAUUACCCUUUAUAACAUUGUGUACACCUCCCUCCCAGUCCUGGCGAUGGGGGUCUUCGAUCAGGACGUCCCAGAGCACCGGAGCAUGGAGUACCCAAAGCUCUAUGAGCCAGGCCAGCUGAACCUCCUCUUCAACAAGCGGGAGUUCUUCAUCUGCAUCGCCCAGGGCAUCUACACCUCCGUGCUCAUGUUCUUCAUCCCCUACGGGGUGUUCGCCGAGGCCACUCGGGAUGAUGGCACGCAGCUAGCAGACUACCAGUCCUUCGCAGUCACUGUGGCCACUUCGCUGGUCAUCGUGGUCAGCGUGCAGAUUGGACUGGAUACAGGCUACUGGACGGCCAUCAACCACUUCUUCAUCUGGGGCAGCCUAGCUGUUUACUUUGCCAUCCUCUUUGCCAUGCACAGCGAUGGGCUUUUUGACAUGUUUCCCAACCAGUUCCGGUUUGUGGGUAAUGCCCAGAACACCCUGGCCCAGCCCACAGUGUGGCUGACCAUUGUGCUCACCACGGUCGUCUGCAUCAUGCCUGUGGUUGCCUUUAGAUUCCUCAAGCUGAACCUGAAGCCCGAUCUCUCCGACACGGUCCGCUACACGCAGCUGGUGAGGAAGAAGCAGAAGGCCCAGCACCGCUGUCUGCGGCGGGUGGGCCGCACAGGUUCCCGUCGCUCGGGCUAUGCCUUCUCCCACCAGGAGGGCUUUGGGGAGCUCAUUAUGUCUGGCAAAAACAUGCGGCUCAGCUCCCUUGCGCUCUCCAGCUUCACCACCCGCUCCAGCUCCAGCUGGAUUGAGAGCCUGCGCAGGAAGAAGAGUGACAGCGCCAGCAGCCCUGGUGGUGGGGGGCCCGACAAGCCCCUCAAGGGGUGAAGGCUGGGAUUGGGACACCCCGUGCCGAUGAUCAGAGCGCGCAGGGCUGUCCAGCCCCUCAGAGGACAGCAUCUCUGAAGUGCGGGUCCUCGAGGGUUCCUUGCCUCUCCCAUCUCCCCUGGUAGACUCCGUCCUGCUGGGCCCACCAGAGGGCCUGGGGCCUCCCUCGCCGGGCCCCCUCCCACCAGCUGAGAAGGUCAAGGGGGCAGGCCCCAGGGCAGAGCAGGGGUUGGGGCAUCAGGAAGUGGUCCCAGUAGGGGAUCAGAUAUGGAACCAAAAACAAGAAAAAACUUAGAGAUUGGGUCUGCCCCUGCCCUGGCCAGGAGCCCACAGGGAGACUAUAAUCUCUGUAUUUUUUUACUCCCACUCCCCAGAGGGGCCCCAGAGCCCCUGUUCCUGAAUUACACAAGAAUGUAUCAUGCCGGGAAGCCAGAGACCAGCUGGGGCCUCCGCGCCCCUUGCAUCAUGUAUGUCUCUCCUUGAUUUGUGUUUGUGUCCAGUUCGGUUUUGUCUUUUUUAUUUGGCAAGUGGAGGAGUGCUCUCCGACUUUUAUGUUGUGGUUGGUGUCUUAACUCUCCUGGGGACGAGGAGGCAGGAACACACGGGGCCCCGGGCUGGCUGGAUGUGGAGGAGCCACAGCCCCCAGUCAGCCCUUCAGUGCCAGUGCUGCGGGGAUUGGGGACAAGCUGACCCGGGAGGGAGGUGCCUGUCAGCCUGAGGGUGUUGGGAGAGCAUAAGGGAGGGUUUGGGCCUGUCUCCUUACUCACCUUGAGAGUGAAGUGCUACCCGUUUCCCCAAUACACACGCAUCCACUCCUGGAUCCCGUAAGUCCUGCCGGUAUUGGGCCGGAGCCUGGGAAGGUGGUCCUGUCAUUUGCAGUGACUUAGAGCUGGGUAUGAAAUUUAGUCCUAAAAAAAAAGUUCUCUUUAAUUAUCAGUUUAGACCCAGACUCAUUAGCAGAGUCCCUUCUGACUUCCCUUCUUCCUCAUCUGACAUUUUCCUGCACCUGUACCCUAGGACCUGAGGUGGGCCUGAAAUGGGGAGCUGGCCUCCGCUUCUCCCUCCUGGUAAACACAAGGCCCCACCCCCUCAAGGCCCACUGUAAGGGGCGAGAGGAGGAGGAGGACAAAACUAGGCUCAGGCCUGGAGGCUGCCGCUCAGUGCCUAGCUCCGUCUGGACAGGACUGGGCGAGCGCCUCGGCAUGCCUGACCCCCUCUCCACCACACCCAGGAAGCUGUUCCCCAGUUGAGCAUUUCCCAAGUGAGUUGCUGCCAAAUCAGUCUUGGGAAGAAUCCUGUCUUGGGCAGCAGGGGGGGUGCUCAGGAAUGGUGUGGCGCUGGAUCAGGGUAAGAAGGUGAGUGUAGGGCCAGAAGGGGACUGGAGGUGGGCUGUGGUGAGGGGGUGGACAGGGAGCAGGGGAGGGGAAAGCCUGACUGGGAACACAGCCUUCUGGCCACACAGUUUACAAACCCAUCGUCAUGUCUGUUCUUGUGUCUCUCAAGGUGAGAGUCUGAGAGUCUGAUUUUUAUACCAAAGAGGAAAUGAUUUUUUUUUCAUAUUUGGUUUGUCUAUAUUAUAUAAAUAUAAAUAUAUAUAUAUAAAUAAGUAUAUAUAUAUAUAUACAUAUAUAUAUAUAUACAGCUAUAUAUAUUAUUUUUUUGGUUCUCUCUCGUUUUUUAGGGAGGGAGGAAAGUACCAAGUUGCAUUGAGCUGUAAUUAAGGAACAUUCUGUAUAAUUUAUGGCACAUUUCUAUACUUGGAAAAAUUAUAUCAUUUUAUGAAUAUAAGAGAAAAAUGCCUUUUAUAAAAUUCCAGUUUCUGAGAAGUGUGUAAUAUGUCUUUUUUUCUGAUGUUUAACCAAGACUGGCAGUAAAAGAAACGUUCUUAAAUGGAAUUGAGUGGGUAGAUCUGGGCAGAGGUGGAGAAAACGGUCUGACUGGGGGCACAGCACCUCCUCUAAUCGCACACCUCCUGGGACUGCGUUGCGGCUGGAAGAUGGGGAAGUGGGCAGGACUGAGGGGCAGAUCUGAGGGACUUGCCUUCAGCUGAUGGCUGGGUGCUUAGGACCUUGAAGCAUUUGCUUUUCCGAACACAAGCCAAUCUCUCAUUCCUAACAUGUGCCAGAUAGGUGGGUAUGUGUAGAGAAAGUACCAGGUGAAGGUGAAUAUUUCAGGUUUUCCUCCAUUUUGACCCCAUGCCUUUUUCAUAGGCACUGGCCUCUCAGAGCCUCAUAUCUUGCUGGUCUUUCACAGAAGUGAAAAUCAAGGAGCGUGCCUACUCCUCUGUCCUGUUCAGCAGCCCUGCAGUGCACAGCUGAGAGCCCAGCCCACAACCCUAUGCCCGGCCACCCACACCUUGGUGCAGUGCAUCUGUAGGACACCCCAUGUGCCGAAGAUCGGAGGCUCCUGGGCCUGAUCUCCAGGAGGAAGGGUGGGCAGCUGCCUCCCUGGGGAGACGACUUCUGCAUCAGCAGAGGAUUGCAGACCGCAGCUGAAGUUGCUGUGCUGUCAUCUGCCCGUCACAGCUGAUUACUUACUCUGUCUCCAUAAUCCCUUGGCUCUUUGGUUGUGUGAGUGUGGGCUCACCAGGCACUGGUUUUCUUCACUCUCUCCUCCUAACAUCACUAUCUUCUGUAAUAAAAUUUUUACUUUCAUCUCCUGAAAUCAUAGCACAGUGAUAUAAGGAGGACCCAGAGAGAAGAGAGGAGGGCAGCAAAGCCUGCCGGGAUGAGAUAAGGGGUGGAAUGGCCAUGAUUAUGAAUUAUUGGGACUUUCCCCAAGGACCAGCUGGAGCAAUGACUGGCCUCAGCAGUAAGACGAAACCUGAAAAGGAGGUUUCCCGACAGUCUGUGCUGUUACCACUCAGAUCGCCCAGGUAGAGGAGCUCUGCAUUGCGGAGUAAAAGGGAUGAAAAUACCCUCACCUUGGACAGAUCAAGAUUCCUCAGUGGUAGACGUGCCCACUGACCAGAAAAAGACAUUGCAAGAGAAUAGAGAUGAAUUUGCAGACACAAGAGUUAUCUUCCCUUGUAACAAAUAGCUAUUCCUGGAGUUCUGGAACUUGAGGAAAGUUAAGUUUCUUACAUUAAGAGAAAUUUCUAUUUUGACUACCUUAUAAGAAUUACCAAGCACUUGUGUAAAUCUCAAAAUAAUGGAGCUUAGAAAUUCCUAGACAAGAAAUAAAUUAUUCUUUAAAAGUGCUGGCCCUUUAAGAAAAUUUUAGACAUUUGCUGAAGUUAAAACUAAGGAAAAAAUGCUUCACUUUAAAUUAAAUGAAUGGCUGGUUGCUAGAUUACAAGAUAAGAAGCAAAUAAUUCAGAUGAUGUCAGGUUAGCACAUAAAAAUAAAGAUAGAAGACUGAAAUAAAUAAAAUUAUAAGUGAAAGAGACGUUACAAUAGAUAUCCCAGAAAUACAAACAAUCAUUAAGAAACAACUACAUGCCAAACAAAUAUAUGCCAAUAAAUUGGACAACCUAGAAGAAACAGGUAAAUUCCUAGAAAAGUCAAGCUAUUAAAAUUGAACCAUGAAGAACUAGAAAAUCUGAAAAGAAAAAUAAAAAGUAAGGGGAUUGAAUCAGUAAUUAAAAACUGCCCAACAAAGAAAAGCUGACAUGGUUUCACUGGUAGAAUCUACCAAACAUUUGAAAAAGAAUUAACACCAAUCCUCAAGCUCCUUAAAAAAUUAAAGAGGAGAGAACACUCCUAAAUUCAUUUUACGAGGCCAGCAUUGCCCUGAUUGCAAAGCUAGAUAAAGACACCACAAGAAAAGAACACUAUAGGCUAAUACCCAAAGUGAAUAGUGAUGUGAAAAUCCUCAGCAAAAUACUAGCAAACUGAAUUCAGUAACACAUUAAAGGAAUCAUACACCAUGACCAAUGUGUGAUGUUAUGAAAUUUACAUGGUAAAAAGCCCACUUAAAGUGCAAAGUAGACCAUUAUAUUUUAAUGUACAAAAAGAAUAUGAAAAUUUUGUUAGUAUGGUUUCACAUUCUAUGUUACAACUAGCCUUUAAGAGACUACCACUUGAGUUUUAUAUCAAAAAAAGGUAUCCACGAUUAUCUGAAAAGACUAUUAAAAUACUCCAUUUUUCAACUACAUUCUGUGUAAUGCCAAGGUUUCUCCAUAUACUUCAACUAAAACAUUCAUAGCAAUGGAUUGAAUACUGAAGCUGAUAUAAGAAUCAAGCUGUCUUUUAUAAGCCAGAUAUUAAAGUAAAAGUAAUAAAUUUAAAUGCCACUCAUUUGUUUUUUAAACAAAAAAAAGAAAAUAUGCUAUUUGUAAUGAUCUAAUUAUUAUUUUAGAAUUAAUUAAUGUAUACCUACUUUUAAAAUGCCAAUUAUCAUUUCUAAUAUGGUAAAUAUAAUCUGAUAUAAUCCAAAUGAAGAAAAGCUCUCUGGGGGUCCUCAAUAACUUUUUAAAUUAUGGUGAGAUAGAUUAACACAAAAUUUAUCAUUGUAACUAUUAAAAGAUGUGCAGUUCAGUGGCAUUAAGCACAUCCAUAAGGUUGUUCAAAGAUUACCACUGUUUAAUUCCAGAACCCAUUCAUUUCCCCAAAUGGACACUUUAUGCCAUUAAGCAGAAACUCCCCAUUUCUUCUUCCCCUCAGCCCUUGGCAACCACAAAUCUGCUUUCUUUUUCUAUGGAUUUAUUUAUUUUGGAUAUUCCAUAUAAAUGGAAACAUAAUUAUU